AUAUUUCGAGAGAAAAAAAUAAAAAGUGUUUGUACUUAUGGCGCAUCACAAAUCUUGACUCGGCGUCGAUUUUAGGGGAGUUGUUCCGACUUUGCACGUUGUCUGUCCUUAACCUGCGAUGAGUUUGUUCGGGUCGAGCUCUGGCUUUGGGUCCGGAGGCACAGGUGUUUUUGGCAGCACUACAACAGAUAGUCAUAACCCAAUGAAGGAUGUAGAGGUUACAUCCCCACCGGAUGAUAGCAUAAGCUGUUUGGCCUUUAGCCCUCCACCAAUGCCUGGAAACUUUCUGAUUGGAGGCUCUUGGGCAAAUGAUGUACGAUGCUGGGAGGUGCAAGAUAAUGGACAGACUGUGCCUAAAGCUCAGCAGAUGCACACAGGCCCAGUGCUUGAUGUCUGCUGGAGUGAUGAUGGAAGCAAGGUCUUCACAGCCUCAUGUGACAAAACCGCCAAGAUGUGGGAUCUGAACAGCAACCAGGCAAUGCAAAUAGCACAACAUGAAGGCCCGAUAAGGACAAUCCACUGGAUUAAAGCCCCAAACUACAGCUGUGUCAUGACAGGAAGCUGGGACAAAACACUGAAGUUCUGGGACACACGCUCCUCAAAUCCUAUGAUGUCCCUGCAGAUGCCCGAGAGAUGUUACUGUGCUGAUGUGGUGUAUCCAAUGGCUGUUGUGGCCACUGCAGAGCGAGGCCUAAUUGUGUACCAGUUGGAGAAUCAGCCAUCAGAGUUUCGCCGUAUAGAUUCACCUUUGAAACAUCAGCACCGCUGUGUGGCCAUCUUUAAGGACAAACAGAAUAAACCCACAGGCUUUGCACUAGGCAGCAUUGAGGGGCGGGUGGCUAUUCAUUACAUCAACCCACCCAACCCAGCCAAGGAUAACUUCACCUUCAAGUGCCACAGAUCCAAUGGAACCAACACUGCCACACCCCAAGACAUUUAUGCUGUCAAUGCCAUUGCCUUCCACCCAGUCCAUGGCACCCUGGCCACGGUGGGCUCGGACGGGCGCUUCAGCUUCUGGGAUAAGGAUGCGCGAACCAAGCUGAAGACAUCAGAGCAGCUUGACCAGCCAAUUACAGCAUGCUGCUUUAACCACAAUGGCAACAUCUUUGCCUACAGCUCCAGCUAUGAUUGGUCCAAGGGGCAUGAGUACUACAAUCCCCAGAAGAAAAACUACAUCUUCCUGCGGAAUGCGGCUGAGGAGCUCAAGCCUCGGAACAAGAAAUGGUGAGAGUGGGAUUUCCGUUACCAUGGAGAUGGUGUCUGUCGCCAGACAGGGCUGCCCUCCUUCAUUGUGCUGACUCCUCUUUCUGUGCCGUUUUGGCACUGUCCAUCCUAGCAUCCCAGGAUGCUUUUGUUGAAUUGCUUGAAGAGCUUUUGGUGAAUUGCUUGAAGAGCUUAAAGGCUACAGGUUGUGUGUUUGACUGUCAGUAGUUGGAUGCCAAGCUCAGAUGAGAGCUGGUUUGUGCUGUGAAUGGGUUUUCUGAUCAGUUGUUUUUACUGGCAAAGUUGUUAUAUUUGAGCAGUCUUAACUUUUACUGAUCCAGUUACUAUUGGCAUCCACAGUUCAUCCCUGUUUGCAUUUAAUUGCUGACAUUUUUAAUUUUUUGAACAUCAGCAUGCUUAGUAAGAGUUAAUUCUUUAUCCAUUAGAAUCAGUUGUACAUGCAACUUAACAGUGAAGCUUUUUUCCUUAAAUAAUCUGAUCAAAUAUGGAACUUUUAAGAAACAAAUGGCAGAAAAAAAUGAUUUCUUAGACAUUGUUAAUUGUUUUGUUGGCACUACUGAAGUGUAUGUUUGUUUUGGGGGACAGGGGGAGAAAACAAUAAACGUGAUUUUAAAAGAAAAAGUGCCCCAAUGACUGACCACCACCCCUCCUGU